UUUCCCUCUCCUCCAUUUGUGUUCAAACAAAUUCUCUCUCCGAAUUCCAGAAUAUUCAAAGAUCCACAAAAAAGGAAAAACCCUGAAUCUCCACAACAACAAUGGGCGAAAAGAAGGAGGAAGCUCCGGCGAAGCCCGCGGAGGCUGCGGCGGCGAAGAAGGAAGGCGGAGCCGGCGGAGUCACCGUCGUGCUCAAGCUUGACAUGCACUGCGAAGGCUGCGGCAAGAAAAUCAAACGAAUCUUCAAGCACUACAAAGGUGUUAAGGACGUGAAGAUAGACUACGGGGCUAACAAACUGACGGGGAUCAGAGACAGAGUCGCCGAGAAAACCAAGAGGAAGGUCGAACUCCUGUCUCCGGCGCCGAAGAGCGGCGGCGGAGGAGAGAAAAAGCCGGCGGAGGAGAAACCCGGCGAGAAGAAGCCGGCGGAGGAGAAAAAGGAAGAGAAGAAGAAAGGAGAAGACGAGAAGAAACCUCCUCCUCCAAAAGAGACAACGGUGGUUUUCAAGACGAGGUUACACUGCGAAGGCUGCGUACACAAGAUCAAAAGGAUAAUAUUGAAAACCAAAGGGGUCGAAUCAGUAUCCAUAGACGGCGCAAAGGAACUUGUGACGGUGAAAGGAACAAUGGACGUCAAGGAGCUCACUCCUUACCUCAACGAGAAGCUCAAACGCACCGUCGAAAUCAUCCCUCCACCCAAAAAGGACGCAGACGCAAACGCAAAGCCAGCCGCUGAAAAGAAAGACAAGGAAGCUCCUGCAGCGGCAGCAGCGGGGGACAAGAAGAAAGAGAAGGAAGUUUCCGGCGAGAAGAAGGAGAGUUCCGGCGGAGACGGCGGUGGUGCGGCGGUGGAGAUGAAGAAGAUGGAGUACCACGGGUACACCUACCCGCCGCAGCCGAUGUAUUGGUACCCGGAAGGACACGUGUACGGUCAUAAUUACGCGAUGGAAGGUCAACCUUCGCAGAUGCACGUACAAGAACCGUAUGCGAACCAACACCAGCAGGUGUACGUACACGAACCGUAUCACACGAACCAAGGAUACGCGGGGGAAGGGUAUGCGGUGGACCCGUAUGCGCAUCUACGGGCGCCUCAGAUGUUCAGUGACGAGAAUCCAAAUGGAUGUUGGAUUAUGUGAAAAAACAGUGAGAUUAUAUUAUUAUAAUAAUAAUAUAAUUGUAAAUAAUAAAAGGAAAAUAUAGGGGAGAGAGAGAGAACGGUGAAUUCCCACGGCCAUCUCGGAAUUUGUUCACAAAGUGAAUAAGGAUCUUGUAAAACCGGGUUCAUCUAAACCGACCGGUUCAGGUUGGUUAGAGCCGGAUUUUUUAGGUUUUGGGGUCGGUUGGUUGUUUGUUGGUUCGUUUAUUAUUAUCAUUAUCAUUACUAUUUUUAGAAUAUAGUAUUAUAUGAUAUAUAGCUGUAGUAGUAGAUUUGGCAUUACGCUUUGGUGUUAAAUUGUGCUUUGUUACGUUCGAGGGAUCAUAAUGGAAUUUUUUUUUUCAUAA